GCCCUUUAUUCCAUGGUUCAUAAAUUCCAAGACUAAUUUGCCCAUUCCCCAAAUUUCACCGAGCAAUCUUAUAAAACUUCCUGUUGGCUAUGACAAGAGCUUAGUUAACUAGAGCAUUUUGGUCAUUCUAAAGUUCAUUUUGGGUAUGAAGAGGAUGACUUAAGUAUGAUGGUGUAAGGCAUCAACGACCACCCACCUACCACCAUAAAACCCCUCAUCAAGUAAGAGCCUAAGCACCAGCAAGAAAGAAACAAUGGAAACCAUCAAAUCCUUCAAAGGCUUGCCGUUGGACACCAUCAAAUCCUUCAAAGGCUUGCCAAUGGACACCAUGAAAUCCUUCAAAGGCUACGGCAAGGUGAACGAGGCCGACGACCGUGAAUUCCGCCGGAAAACGAGAAAGCGUCUCAUCAUCAUCGCAGUUUCUGCAGUCCUCCUAGUUGCAAUCGUAGGCAUCAUAAUCGGUGUCAUGGUGAGCAAGCAUGGCAACAACGCUUCUUCAUCGACAACCCCCUCCGAUUCGAUAAAAGCUAUGUGUAGUGUGACAAGGUACCCAGACUCAUGCUACUCUAGCAUCUCUUCAGCGAAGGGUGCCAACUUAACUAAUGAUCCGGAGGAGCUCUUCAAAUUCUCCCUCACCGUCGCGGCCGAUGCACUCUCGAAGAUCUCUGCCUUGACCGACACUUUCACCAUCCCAUCCAAUGAUAAGAGGCUCGAGGAGGCGCUAAAAGACUGUAAAGCGUUGUUUGAUGAUGCCAUCGAUCGGUUAAAUGAUUCGCUCGCAUCAAUGCAAGCAGGGCACGAAGAGAAGAUACUGACUCCAUCCAAGAUCGAUGACCUCAAGACAUGGCUCAGCGCUGCGGUCACCGACCAAGAGACAUGCUUGGAUGGGUUCGAGGGCACGACAGGUGACAUCAAGGUGAAGAUGGAGAAAGCCAUGGUGGACUCCAUGCAUUUCACAAGUAAUAGUUUGGCAAUUGUGGCUGGAAUCCUGGGUAUUCUCGAGAAGUUAAAUUUUCCUAUUCAUAGAAAGCUGCUAGCAACCACCGCCACUGUACACUAUCCUGUUUGGGCGACCACCGCACAGAGGAGGGCUCUUUUACAAGAUUCAAGACGAUGGACACCCAAUGUGACAGUGGCACAAGAUGGAAGCGGGCAAGUUAAGACGAUCAAGGAGGCUAUAGAAUUAGUCCCAAAGAAGAACGCGGACCCAUUCGUCAUUCGCAUCAAGGAAGGUGUAUACAAAGAGAAUGUGGUGGUGGACAAGAGCAAAUGGAAUGUUAUGAUGUUCGGAGAUGGUAUGAACAAGACGGUUAUUGAUGGGAGCUUGAAUUUUAUUGACGGGACACCCACUUUUUCUACGGCAACCUUCGUUGUCACCGGAAGGAGGUUCAUGGCGAAGGACAUGGGCUUCAGGAAUUCUGCUGGUCCACAGAAACACCAGGCUGUUGCUCUCCGGGCUGGCUCCGACCGCUCCGUCUUCUACCGCUGCUCCUUCGAUGGAUUCCAAGACACACUCUAUGCUCACUCCCUCCGCCAGUUCUAUCGUGAGUGCGAUAUCAUCGGCACCGUCGAUUUCAUCUUCGGUGAUGCAUCUGUCAUCUUUCAGGAUUGCAGGAUCAUGCCCAGGGAACCACUGCCCAACCAGAUGAACACAAUAACAGCCCAGGGCAAGAAGGACCCCAAUGAGAACACUGGCAUAUCAAUUCAAGGAUGCACAAUUACACCCUAUGACAAGUUGACAAGGCCCACAUACCUUGGUAGACCAUGGAAGGACUACUCCACGACGAUCGUCAUGCAAUCGGAGAUCGGAGCAGUCGUCGAUCCUGCUGGCUGGCUUCCAUGGGUACUUGGCAUGGUGCCUCCAGAUACUAUAUCAUAUGCAGAGUACCAGAACACAGGGCCAGGGUCUAGUGUUGCAGGCCGGGUCACAUGGCCUGGUUACAAGCCAGCAAUUAGCGCAGAUGAAGCAAACAAGUAUACAGUGGAAUCCUUUCUAAAGGGCAGUGAUUGGAUACCAGAGGGUGGUGUGGAAUUCCAAUCCAAUUUGGGAUCAGUGAUUGAAGGAUAACAUUGUUGUAGUAAUUGCAACUUCUUAUCCAAGAGUGCAGCUUCUCAAAAAAGGAAAGGAAAAAGAAAAUAAGGAGUGAUCAAGAUAUAAAUGUUCUAAUUAGAACCUAGCAUGCCUUUACAUGUUCCUUUAAGAGGGUGAAAUGUAUUGAUAUCCUUUUAAGGUAUUACAUAGAUCUUGUGGGAAUUAUAUUGUAGAUUUGUCAUAGAGUGACUUAUGUAAGUUCAAGGUGCUCUGGGAUUUGGCUUAAACACAUUUUGUAAUAUCAUUUCCCCUCAAAAGAAAAUUCUUUUUUUUUUCUUUU